UAGACUAUCGGCUGUACGAUAAGUCGAGGGAACAUUUGGAGAGAUAGAGCAUUCGUGUUCAAUGUCCGAUGGCCACCUGGUCAUUGAAACUACCCCCUCUUAAAUGUAUACCUGCUUUAUUGUAUAUCCAAAGACAACUCCCUUUAACUAUCCAACAUUAACUCGGAUUAGUUCCGCCUAGCCAAUUUACUAACGUCUCACCCGCGUCCACAGGAAUUCGUCAGGUCAAACACCGAACCAAUUUCAACAUAUCUACAACUGGAGAGUCGUUCUGACGAUGAACUCGGAUGGCUCUUCAGCAUGCUUUUGGGCGAGGAACAACUCUCACUUUGCAUCUUUUCUGGCCGCAUCCACCGCACUUAAAACCAGAUAUAGAGAAUUCCUAUGCCAAACUUUCGUCUUCGAUGCUUCGGGUGUUUUUCACUCGUCUUGAACGCAUACAUCGAAGUGAGCCGGGUCUGUAUUUGCCAAGGGCUCAUUCGCAGGUGCUUCUAAGAUCCGCGCCAACCUCCGCAUUAUUACCAAACAUAUCAUGCUCGGUGGCAAGAAGGCUACUUUCUUUUGCUCCCUUCCAGACACCCAGAUUUUGCUUUAUGCAAUCUUUCAAGCUAUGGGCGUCAAGGCUUGCCUCUUUACUGCCGACUGUACUGGAGAAAAACGAGACCAUGUACCCGGAGUGUUUGCUGCACCCCAUGUCCGAAGCUGCCCCGGCACAAUGGAAUCAAGGCGGUGUUUAGUUCCGGUCUGAAAUGAAAGCUAGUCUGCUUCAUCUGCUCUCCUUGCCUUGGAGUGAAUCGUAGCUCACAAUACUGGGGUCCAACGUCGGGAGCGCCCACGUCUCCAAACGUGCAGAUGCAAAGUCACCACAACUCCACGGCCCAACUUCCUGCAACAAGACUUCUACCACCAAAGAUCAAGCCUUCGCAUCCCCCCAACCAUACCGGUACUACUCCAUGACGCGUCUCUUGGCGUCAAGGGCUCGAUGCGGUAUCGUUUCGUCGAGGGGAGUCUUCCGUAGAUCGCAUCAAUGUUCGAGGUCGAUCUGGUACAAUGAGACUAUCAAUUCAUUGUCGAGUUUCAAGUGGCUGUCACUUUCAGUUCAUUUCUGUGCCUUGAGGUAAAUCGUAGAUAUCGAUUUCCUGGCUACAUAUCGUACUCAAUAUACCAGAUCACUUGGUAGGUUAACAAUGACAAGUCAAAAUCCUCGGACAAUGUCGAUCUCUCCGCGCA